UGGCUUAGUUGUUGUUCAUAAGCCGCGCCUGAAGCACCACGUGAAUACGCGCUCUGUAAAGUUUGCAUACGGAAAUUUUAAAUUAAUUGUGUCUGAAAAUUGCCAACUUUGUAGCUGCCAAAAUGAAGCUCAAUUCAGUGCUAUUGUUGAUCUGUGCCACAUCUGUGCUGGGAUAUACAAAUGCCACUGAUGUCAGGCCCUGUCCAAAGUCCAAAGCCAAGGCAUUGCAAGCAGGUGAUGUAACCAUCUCGAAUUGCCCAAAAAGCAAAUGCAUUCUCAAACGGAAUACAGAGGCCAGCAUUAUGAUGAAAUUGAAGCCAGAUCGUGAUUUUCAAGAACUAAAUUCCGAUAUACAGGGCAUUAUAUUGGAUGUACCAUUGCCAUUCCCUGGAUAUUAUGGUACCAGCGCUUGUCCACAUAUCUACGAUGAAUCCGGCGAGAAUAAAGUGGGCUGCCCAUUGAAAGCUGGACAAACAUAUCUCUAUAAGAAUAGUUUCAAAAUUUUGCCCGUUUAUCCCACUGUCAGUCUAGAGAUACAUUGGGGUCUGGGUGAUAAGGAGGGCGAUGUAGGCUGUUUCCAAAUUCCAGCAAAAAUCAAGGCCUAAAAUUCUAAAGGAUUUCAUAAGAUUCUAUUUUUAUUUAAGCUUUAAAAAUCGUAUAUGUAUUGUAUAUAUUGUAUGUACUAUAUAUAUAUAUAUAUAUAUAUGCAUAUAGGGUUUAAUUAAGAGCAUACUAAGUUAAGAAUUGGGCAAAAAAUCGUGACAAUAUUGCGACAUCCAGCCAGUGACGCAAUAUUGAAGGAUUCAAAGUUCAAAGAUGAGAGAUAAAAAUUGUGUUUAAUUGUAAGUGUAAAUGUAAAUGUAUAUAAUAAAUAAACAACCAACAUUUAAAACUUUAA